GGUGGUGCUCUCAGAGCCCCCAGCUAGUUACAAACAAAAAAGACUGAAUUAUUUAAUAAUUUUCCUCCAAUAGUUCUUUAAAAAAAAUCUUAACUACCAAACUGCUUCACUGUUCUCGCGAUUCUGCUAAUCAGAAUUUUCUUCUUGAGAUCUCUCUGUGUGUUUUUUUUUGGGUCUGUUCAUCAAACAAAGAAAAACCCUAACUUUUCUUUCCUAUUUCAACUCUCGAAUUAAUCUAAUUUCAGAGAAGGGCGAUACAAAUUCGCCUUUUGUUUAUGAUCUGCUCAAGCGGGAGAACGAUCGUAUUAGCCACUGGAAUCUCAUUACCAUUCAAUGUAGACGGUACUCGAAAUCAUCAUCCGAUCAAUGCUACAGCUCGUCGGCGAUCGCCAAUGAGAUCAAUCUCCUCACCGUUGGUUCUGACACCUGGCACCAGCGCUCUCUUCUCCACGCGGGAGCUUAACCGCUUCGUGACAGUCAUCCAAACCAAAGAGGUUAAACAGAGGAAGCGGAACGUCGUCUGCUGCAUUUCGCCGUCACCUACGCCGCAGCCGACGAAGACGGUGGUUGUUGAUGAUGAAGUGGCGGUUAGACGGGGUUUAGCAAUGCGGCGGGUUUUGGAGGAUAACGGCGGCGACGGAAGCUCCGUUAGAGAUUUCUCCUUCUUCACGACCGAGAGAGGCGACACGUUGUUCACUCAGUCGUGGACACGUGUUGGCUCCGUUAAGAACAGGGGGAUUGUUGUUCUGCUCCACGGUCUGAACGAACACAGUGGAAGGUAUAAUGACUUUGCUAAGCAGCUAAAUGUUAAUGGAUUCAAGGUCUAUGGAAUAGACUGGAUCGGUCAUGGUGGAAGCGAUGGACUUCAUGCUUAUGUUCCUUCUCUUGAUUAUGCUGUCACUGAUUUGAGCUCGUUUCUUGAGAAGGUAAUCGCAGAAAACCCGGGACUGCCCUGUUUCUGCGUUGGUCACUCAACAGGAGGAGCCAUCAUCUUAAAGGCUAUGCUAGAUCCCAAGAUCGAAGCUCAAGUUUCAGGCAUUGUGUUAACUUCACCCGCAGUAGGAGUCCAACCAUCUCAUCCCAUCUUUGGUGUAAUUGCACCUUUCCUCGCGUUCCUCAUCCCAAGGUACCAGUUGAGUGCUGCUAAAAAGAAAAUAAUGCCUGUUUCUCGCGACCCGGAAGCUCUCUUGGCUAAAUACUCUGACCCGUUAGUCUACACGGGGUUUAUCAGAGCAAGAACCGGUUACGAGAUCCUUAGACUCGGUUCCCAUUUGCUGGAGAACCUGAAUAGAAUCAAGGUCCCGUUUCUUGUGCUUCACGGCACUGCUGAUACGGUUACGGAUCCUAAAGCUACUCAGAGACUGUACGAUGAAGCUUCCUCGUCCGACAAGUCGAUCAAGCUGUUUGAUGGGUUGUUGCAUGAUCUGCUCUUUGAACCGGAACGAGGAAUCAUCGCUGGAGUCAUAUUGGAUUGGCUAAACCGGCGGGUUUAAAUUUCUCAAACCAAAUGUAGUAGUUGUAUCAUUUACGUAUUUAUAUACGAUUGUGUAACAUCGUGUUUAUAGCUUAAUUCUCAAGAAAAUACGAAUAAUUAAAGAUUU